AUGGCACAGCGUCUGUGUGCUGCGUGUUCGCGCUUCGCAAAAGACUUUGCUGAGGCAGAAGAAAAAGUCUCGUUUCCCCGCGCUCAAACCCUUGCCCCCAACAUCCAUGCUCUUCGAAAAUCAGCGCAGAAUGACUGCCAGCUUUGCCAAAUUAUCUACCAGUCAUAUUUCUUUAACACCUUUGUAUCCUGGUCAGAGGAGAAGUUUCCCAUUCACCUCCAGACAUGGUCUUAUAGCCCUCUCCGCGACGACCGGCUGCCUUCACCUGGUCAAGACCCAAUAAAGCCAGAGUUGUUGUCAAUUGGUGUCGGAAAGACAAUAGAAAGUAGUGUAUGGCAUGGUGAACCACUGAUCGUGAAUAAGGAAACAGAAGGAUUAGUCAAAGCUCGCUCUUCGCGCACCUCGAGUUCUGUCGCCGAUCUGUCUUCAGAUGAAGGCGUUGAAAAGGCUGUUGCAUUAGCCAAAGAAUGGAAAUUAUCGAUCAGAUACCUAUGGGUCGAUGCCCUCUGCAUCUUGCAAAGCGAAGGACCAGAUGAUGCACAACAUAGAGCUGACUGGUCCUAUGAAGCCGCUAGAUUUGGCCAGUACUAUCAAAACGCCACCUUGACAAUCGCGGCAACCGGGGCUAUAUCAUCCAGCGAAGGGUUAUUCCUACGAAGACCGGCACUUGAGUUUGACCCAGAGCCGGUUAUUCUCAAACAAAACACGAAUAGGGGCGAGACUAACGUCUUUAUCAUUCAACCACCGACUCCAUUAUGGGGUCCAGCCAUACGAAAUGCUGCUCUUCAAACCAGGGGAUGGGCUAUCCAAGAAAGAGUCUUAUCAAAGAGGAUACUACACUUUGGCGCAAGUUAUUUGCUAUGGGAAUGCCAUGAAAGCCGGGUUACAGAGACGAACCCGGGCGACACCGACUCUCUUGCCUAUAGCGAUACAGGCGAAGACUUUAUUUCUGCCUUCAAAGACAUGGAUAACCGCCAGGAAGAUGACAUCAUGAGAUCUUGGUACCAAUUUAUAGAUGUUUACUCUUCGACGAACUUUUCUUUCCAUACAGACAAGCUCCCAGCUUUGUCAGGAAUUGCGACUAGGAUCAAAGACCGCUUUCCACAGGACUACAUCGCGGGAAUAUGGGAGUUGGCUAUUCCAGAAGGACUGGCCUGGAUGGCCCGGGAAACGGAAGAGCCGGACCCGGGCUCUGAUCUACCAUCAUGGUGUUGGGCCACCAGACGGUCCGUUUCGUUCUUCUUCGUAUGGGACAACAACGAUUGGAAUCCAAUGAUACAAGUCAAGUCCUGGUCAGUCACGACAAAUGGUCCGCAGACAUCGGGUCAAAUACUCCAAGCAAGAUUGAUUAUUAGUGGCAUUUUCAAGGGAAUAGAUUUAUCCGACCCAAGCCUGAUUUUCAAAUUCGGUUACAAGACCGAUGCUGAAUGGACAGACAACGUCACAAGCCUUACUGCUUUAGACCCUGGGUUCUCAGUGGAUCGGCUUGUAUUCAUUGAUGACGCGAGGUCUAUUAAGACUAUUGCCAACCAUCACCCUUGCCUCUUAAUCGGAAAAUCACAUGUUCCUUUAUCGGAUGUUACAGGGAAAACAUUGGUAGGAGUUGCGCUUAUAUUGGAGCCCACAGGCCGUGUGGGAAGGUUCCAAGAGUAUAGAAGAAUUGGACUUGCAUCUCUCUCCUUCAUGGAAUACUGGGCUGAUGUUAAAGAUAUGAGAACAGUUGAGCUUGUAUAG